CCGGCACAGAACAGUCGCGACCGUCGUACGGCCACAACGUCUGCAAUCGAUCAACCGCUCUGCCUGUCAGAGUCGAUAUCGAAUCGAUACAUCGCUAUCCUUGGCUGUAUAGAUAGACAUCUUAGCCUGUUUAGAAGAAAUUAACAAACUUUUUCGCCGGUUUUUUAAAUAAUUUGAAUUUAGUUCCGAAUUUGAAAUACGAACGAUUUUGAAGUGCGAUCGUUUUUCAUAGACCAUAGAACAUUGGAAAAUAGAACGUGAUUAGUGAAUUCAAAAUUCGAAGUGUCGUGAAUUUUUAAAAGCUGCCAUGACCCCCGUUGGACUUCUCUUCAAAGUGAACAGCGAGGGGUUGUUCACCUGUCCCGUGAAUGCUUCACCCGUCGACUACGCUAAGAUAUAUCCAGAUCCUGAGUCUGAGAAGGCGAUAAUGGGUUCUGUGGUGUAUUGUAUACACCACAAGGAUGGCUGCCAGUGGUCGGAUGAACUACGCAAAUUGAAGGCCCAUCUCAACACCUGCAAGCACGACGCGGUGCUCUGCGCGGCGCAAUGCGGCGCGAUGAUCCCGCGGGUGUUGAUGCAAGACCACCUGAGGUACACCUGUCCAAGACGCAGGGCCAACUGCGAACAUUGCCAUAAGGAGUUCUCUGGAAGCGCUUUGGAGGAACACCAAGGCAAUUGCGGUCACGAGCCGGUCUACUGCGAGAACAAGUGUGGCGCGAAGGUUCAGAGGAGACACACACAGCAACACUUACAACAACACUGCAGCAAGCGGCUCGUGCCUUGCAGACAUUGCAGCCAGAGGUACACACAGGACACAGUAGCAGCCCACGGGGCCAGCUGCACGCGCGCGCCCGUGCCGUGCCCGCAGCGCUGCGCGGCCGCGGCUGUGCCGCGCGACGAGCUGGACGCGCAUCUCCGCGACCACUGCGCCGCCGCCGGCCUGGCUUGCGCCUUCAAAGACGCCGGCUGUCGGUUUAAGGGCACAAGACAAGCGCUAGAAAGGCACACAGAAGACAGCUGCCAACAGCACCUGGCGCUGGUGUCGUCGCUGGCGCGGCGCCAAGCGCGACAGCUGGAGAGCCUGCGCGCGGGCGUGGCGCGGCUGGCGGCGAGCAGCUCGGGCGCGCUGGUGUGGCGCGUGCCGGGCUGCGCCGCGCGGCUCGCCGCCGCCGCCGCCGACGCGGCCGGCGUCGAGCUGCUGUCGCCCAUUUUCUACACGAGCCAAUAUGGAUAUAAAUUGCAGGCAUCACUAUUCCUGAACGGCAACGGAGCGGGCGAAGGGACCCACAUAUCAGUGUACAUCAAAAUCCUACCAGGCGAAUACGACGCCAUCUUGCGUUGGCCUUUCGCACACACGGUCGCCUUCACCCUCUUCGACCAGAGUUCCAACCCUGACAGAGCCUGCAACAUAGUCGAGAGCUUCGUCCCAGAUCCCACGUGGAAAAAUUUCCAAAGACCUUCCAAAGAACCUGAUGCGCUGGGCUUUGGUUUUCCGAGGUUCGUCUCCCACGAGAUGUUGAAGAAGAGGAAUUUCAUCAAAGAUGACGUCAUGUUUUUAAGAGUUAAAGUGGACCCGAGUAAAAUUGUAGCUGUAUAAAUAGUCUAUUCUGUGUAAAUUGACUUUUGUUUUAAAAUGUGGACUAAGGAUUCCCGUAUCAAUCUAAAUUGUUUCAGGUAAAGCUACAUUGAUGUAAGUAUUGUAGUUUUAUGGGCAUUACAAUAUCUAUUAUUUCAUGUGAUUUACAUAUUAUCAUCAAAUUUUGAGUAGCAGUAAAAUUUUACUUUAGAAUUCACAUUUUGAAAAAGCCUUAGUUCGUAGUGUAUCAUCGCACAAGCAAGUCAUUGUUAUUUAGUAUUAGGUAAUUUAAAAGUCAUAGUUUAAGUUGUGAAUAUUAGUACCUACUUAUUAAGAUGUAAAAAUUGUAUAGAAAUUAGUAUUAGAAGCGCCAACGCGAUUGUUAUCCUUUCACUAAAGAUCUCUUGAGUUUCAUUGCCGGCUGAAGAACGUAACUUACCGAACAUUGUUUCAGAGGAAACUGAUAUCUAUUUCUAACAGAAAUAUGUUUAUAUUCCUUUGCUUAGUUAUUGGCGCGAAUAACCGAAAACAUAUCACAAUUGUAGUGUAUUACGAAAGUGAUAACCUGCUACAAGAUUGAAGACAUAAAAUGUGACGUUUCAAGUUUCAGCCAAUCACAACGGUGAAAAUUAAUUCACGUUAUUUUAUUGGCUGAAAGGCUGUCAAAACACUUGAUUGUUGACAUUCAGGUGGCAUGUUGUACGGAAUAUCUUUGCCGCCGUAUUUUUUUUAUAAUUUAAAUAACUCGCACACAUUUUUAUAGGGUUCUGCAAAAAUCGUGUGUUAAGCUUCUCCCUUGCUCGGAUGCGUUUUUGUCAGCCUUACGAAACAAUAAUAUAAGGCUUUUUGAAAAAUGCUUCGGGCGAAUAUCAACAGUACUUCAAAAAUAAUAACAAUUUCUUAAUCUCCGAAACAUGUUCGGCUUUGUUAUAUCGGCAGAUCUUUGUAUAUAUUUCUGUUUUAUAAAAGAAAUGAUUUUAUCAAAAAGUUUUUUGUUGACAUAUGGUUGAACCCUGUUUUUUUUUUAAUGUAAAUAACGUCUAUCCGCGGGAAAUGUAAAUAUUAAGAGUCUAAAUUAAAAAGUCUUUCUUAUUUUCUGUAAUAAGCUGGAGGUAGACCAAAGUGUUAUGAUUGCUUUGCAAAAAACAAAAAAUCUGUACAUUUCUUCGGCAAAGUUAAUCAACAUAAUGUAUGACACGGCUAAAGCUGUAAUACGAUUAUAUAAUAUAUUAUAUUAUCACAUUUAUGUUAGACAUAUUCUUUAUAUUCAACUUGGUCUCGCGUGUGCUUUUCUUUGUAAAUAUUUAAUAUAUAAAAAUUUUGGAGAAUAUGUUUCACCACUUUCUAGUAAAAUAUCUUUUUGUAAUCUGAUAGAUAAAUCUGCCGGAAGUGGAGAAACACAAUUUAUCUGUUUGCACUUUAUCAGGAAGCAGUGAAACAGACCUUAAACCUUAUCAAAGAUUUAUAAUAACGCCUGUUGUAAGAUCUCUCAUAAGCGCUUGCUUUUAACACUAAUAAAAUAAUCUCAUGCAAUGAUACAUUCCAGAAAAAAAAUAUAUUAUAAGUCUGACAUUUUCUAUAAUCAAUGUGUCAAUAAAUUCGAGAUAAUUAUUAAAUCACUGCCUUAUUUCUCAUAUACUGGUUAUGUCCGGUUUUCGCUGGAUAUAACUGGUGUAAACCGGAUUUGGGCGAGACAUGCCGCUCGUAUGUAGUCCUGAUUAAUGUAGAUAUCUAGAACUAGCUAAGCGUUAUGCGGUGUCUAGAUUUUAAGUACCUAAUUGUAACUGGAGAGACUAACAAAAUAUUAAUUAAGAUUAGUAAUAAAGCGGGCUUAGCGUUUAGUUUAGUGCGUGUACGCAAUAUUUCGUAAGAUUUGUACAUGACUAGUUUAUAAGUUGGAAAAAUAUUUGUUGCGAAACAAGGAAUACAUAUGGAUACUAUAUACUAAGUAGGGUCUUUGUCUGAUACCCUGUACCUUACACAAUGAAGAUAAGCCAAUUAAAUUUUUUAUGGAAUUAAAA